UUGGUCUCGUCGACUCUCCGAGGGUACAAUUGUCAGCGAUCAAUCUCGGCGUUUUGUGCAUACGCAGUUGUUCGCGAAACGUCAAUUUGGUGUUGGUUUCGUCCCCUCCUCUUUAUUCUCGUCCUAGGGGGACUUCGAUAAACGAUUGCAGUAGCCAGCUGGACGGUUCGGCCCCUGCGAACUUCAUCGUGGGAUAUUCUCUCGUUUGGGAUAGGCAUUCCAAAGAGCUGCCAAGAUGACUGUCAUCACGAAAGCGAUCACCGAGAAGAAGGCCUCCGACAAAAUGGAGCAGCCAUUGUUUGAUGAGGAAAAUGCGACGGAUAGCUCGAAAGCCGAUCCGGAGGCAGCACGUCCAAAAGGCGAUCCAACUGGUCAUUAUUUCGUUUCCAAGAAAAGCAUCCAUCGUAUACAUGUGACAGCGACAUUUUUGCUCUUUCUUGUCGCACUGAUGAUAUUGAUUAUCGGGGUGAUUGGAGGACUUUAUAUUUACAAACAAUAUGCAAGAACUCAGAUGCGCAGAUUCCGUACUGGUUGGUACAGUAUUCCAUAUGACAGCUCAAACAAGGCAUCUUACGGCAGUAAUGGAGUUCAUCAGGGACUGUUGGCCGACUCCGAUCUGUUCACCAAAAGUCUUACCAGAGCUAUGGAGGAUGCAGUGGAUAUUACAAGACGUAUAGAUCAUGAUAUGAAUAAUUUCUUCAAAGAGAGAUUUGAAAUUGAUCUUGAGAAUGAGCGUUAUGAAAAAAUUGAUGUGCCUGACUUCCGCGGUGGACGUCAAGGGCGUUUUAUACACGAUUUUAACAUUAAUAAAACAGGUAUCAUAGAUAUUGAUGGCCACUGUUGCUUUGUCAUGCCAUUGAAUCGUCAACGUGUAUUGCCACCUCGUAAUAUGUAUGAUCUCCUUAGAAAGAUGUACAAUGGUUAUUACGAAGUGGAUACUGCUAUCGUGCGUGAAACUAUGAAAGUAAUCACACCCCCAAUCACUGACAUGUCAGUUGUUGGAACAUAUAUAGCACGAGAAUGCCAAGACUUGCCUAUUUAUAUGCUAAAAAAAGUGGAUCCUUCUAGUGAUUCAGUUGUGAAACGCAGUGUGUCGAGUGGAGUGUUCGGCCAAUUCGCCGGUAAUAGCAUUAUGGAGGUCGAUAUCGUAAAUCUAGAAGACUUUGAAUGAAGCUAUUGAAAGCAAUUGAGAGAAAAUUUUCAAUUAUUCUAGAAUAUUAACUAUCAGUAGCUCAAUGUAUAAAAGUUAUAUGCUAUCCAGAGCAAACUUAGGUAUACUCCCACACUUAUCAAGACCUUCAUAUUAUGUCUUUCCAUUAUAUUUUUUAUUAGCUCUAGAUGACGAAAUUAUAUAAUGCGAUUAAGUCCGUGGUUUGUUAUUGAGUUGUUAUUAGAAACAUUUUAUGCAUCACGAGGGAGUCCUUUAUAAUAUUAUAAGAGAUUAAGCAUGAAUAAGAGAUUGUGAAAUGAUCGUUCCAAAUAUGCACAAGAAGCCUGAGUAAAAAUAAUGUAUUUGUAUAAAAUGGAAUAUCGUCUGCAAACUAAUUCUUAUAGGGAAAUUAAUAUUUCUUCCAUAUUUCCCGAAAUAUAUUCUGAAAUAUAGCAAGCGCAAUGUUAGUUACACUGUAAUGAAAUGUUUUGCUGCUAUUAUGGAUUCUGAUACACAGCUUCUUGACAUUAAUAGUAAAAUAAUCAUACUCUAAGUUAUUGCGCUUACAAGUGCAAAUCUAUUACAUAUUAUUAUUAAUAUAUUAUAAAUGUAUUUAUGAAUUAUUUAUUUGUGAAUUAUUUAAAAAAAUUUAUCUUUUGUAUUUGGAGCAUAAUGCCUGAUGAGUUUGAAAUGUGCAGUACACAAACUGCCAGUAUCAGAUUUGAAAUAUCUUUUCAGUAUGUGUUUCAAUGAGAAAAAUAUAUUGUUUAUAUAUUGUUUUUAUUAUUGUAAUUAAUAUGUAAAACACGUUACACAUUUAUAAGAUAUACUACUGAGACUAUAUAAAUAUUUUUACAAAAUGUUUGGAUUGAAAAAUGAUAGAAAUUACAAAGUACUGAUUCAAGAAGAUCUUGAUAUUCAGACAUUCCUUAAGACUGUUUAUUUGUUCUGUAUUUCUGCAUUUAUAGUGAGAAGUCACAUGUGUUUCAAUAUAAAUAAUAAUAAUAUAAUAUUGUAUUUUAAA